GUGCACACAGAGAGAGGCGCCUUUUCUGAGCUCAUGUCGUCAUGCGAGAAGUAAGCAUCACGUUCAAUGGUCCCAUUAUGUUUUCAGCCCAAAGAGGCUUUCAUUUUUAACGAAUAAGAAACCAGACAGAACAAAAAAUCAUCUCGUCACCCUGAAUUAUACAACAUGGCUACUAAAAAGAAGCGAACGCCUAAUGUACAAAAUGACAGUUGGGUUGUCAUCGCCGCAGAUUCUGCCAUCGACACACAGAAACACAACAGUGACCCAGCUUUUGUGAGACUAAGGAAUCCCGCUACAGGUGCAGCAUCUUUGUAUAUGCUGAGUAGUGGUGAUACACAGCUGUUUGAGGUCAAAACUUUUGAAGAGGAUUUCCACUCCUGGUUUGUUGGCCAGACUGUACAGAGAGAUGGGAGACUUCUCUUCAUAACCCCAAUGGAUCCUCUAUAUCUAAUUUUGCCUUAUUUGGUUAAAUCUGUUAAAGAGGGGAAGUUCCAGCCUGUGCAUCAAGUUGUUAUGGAUGAGGAAUUCCCAGCUUGUUCACGGCUGCUCAGCUGCACACGUUCCCUGGCCUCCCUGCACCAAAUUGCAGAGGAAAAAGAGGUGGGGACACUGAAGUUCCAUCGAUACAGCCAAGAGAAGACGAUGAAUUGGCUGAAGAAAAAGGUGGAGAGGACCGUCAUUGCACUUAAGAAGAGAAAUAUCUCUGUGGGAGAGGGAGUCAAAUCCACAACGUACGUCAGAGUGAAGUCAGAGACGGACUGCCGUGAGGAGGACUACCUGCGUUACGCCCAUGGCCUGAUAUCAGAAUACAUCAGUGAAGACCUAAGCAAAGCCCUUCUCAAACACCUGGAGUUACCAGAGCUCACAAGCCCAAAGGAAACAGAACCUCCUUCCAAGAAGCGGAAGCUUUCAGACAAACCGGUGGAGGCUGGAGAGGACUACACCAAAUUCAACAGUGCAGACUUUGUGCGGAAACCGCCCAAGAAGAUGACUGCUGCUCAGAAAAGUCUUGCUAAGGUGGACAAGAGUGGCAUGAAGCCUAUGUCGUCCUUCUUCAGCCCCAAGGUCAAAGCGGAAAAGAAUUGAAUGUUGUAUAGUUUCUGGCUUUUGUAAUAAAGAAAAGAAAAUG